GCGCAAGGGCGGGCUGUGGCGGUCCGGCUGGGAGCGGCUUUGACGGCUCCGCUCCCGACACUGCGCCGGGCCUCGGCCUCGGAGCGGACCGGUACCGCGCCCUCAGAACCGGCCCCGUAUCGCCGAAGGGGAUCUGUCAGGCCCCGCCCUGCGAGCGGGCAAGAUGGAGCUGGACGAGCUGCUGCUAGACGAGGAGGGCACUUUCUGCCUCAGUGGGUUCCAGGAGUUCACGUUCCUGCCCAGGCACCAGCAGCUGAGCGAGAGAGUGCGGAAGCGACUCUAUUAUGGUUGGGACAAAGACUGCAGCCUGGAUAAUCUCUCCAGCCCCGUGGCAGAUAUUGCUGUGGAGUUGCUGCAGAAAGUGGCUCCCAGUCCUAUCCGCAGACUCCAGAAGAAAUACGUGUCUCAUGUGUCUCGGGAAGCUUGCAUCUCACCCUGCUCCAUGAUGUUGGCACUGGUUUACAUUGAGAGACUCCGGCACCGGAACCCUGAAUACCUUCAGCAGAUCUCGUCUUCAGACCUCUUCCUGAUCUCCAUGAUGGUUGCAAGUAAGUACCUGUAUGAUGAAGGUGAGGAGGAGGAGGUGUUCAACGAUGAGUGGGGAGCAGCAGGGAAGGUGGAUGUCCAGACCAUGAACACACUGGAGAUGAACUUCCUGAGUGCUAUUGACUGGAGUCUCUACACAGAUCCUCGGGAGCUGUUUGAAGUGCUGAGCUGGCUGGAAGGACGUGUGGCUGAAAAACAGGGCAUGUGGCGUGGCUGGUUCACCUACACAGAUCUGUGUGUUCUCAUGGAGCAGUCCAUGUGGCAGCAUGUGCUGGGCCAGUUCUACCAGCAAGUGGUGAAGCUGGCCUGCCUCCUGGGUGUGGUGUACCUGACGGGCUUUGCAGCUAUCUUCGCCUCCAUCACUGUCGUGCACCGGUCUGUGUGCAUGAGGAGUGUCAGCACUGCAGCUCCCCGACCUAUGCUGUUCCCUGAGGAGGGGAGGUGCCAGCUGGAUGCCCAGCCAUCCCCAGCCCCUGGCCAGCCCCAGCCCACGUUGCCCAAUGUCUCCUCAGCCAGCUGCACCCGUUGCCUGGGGGAGAAUGAGUUGACCAAGGAACCACGUCGUGGAGGUGUCACAGUGACUGCACUCUACCUGUGGGGCAGCGUGAUGACGGCUCUGUCCUACUCAAAGGCACCUGAUCUAGCCCAACACAGGAGCCUCCCACAAGGUCCUUUCCGGAAAUUGCCCACAGCCUGUGAGAGAUCCAACCGUACCACCCCCACUGCAGCCCCCAGCCAGACUGGCCCCUUCGGACUUGCCGUGCUCCCAGCUCCUCCAGUGCUCCACUGCCACGCUUGCUCAGCCACUGCGGGCCCCUCAUGGGAUGCAGCCCCCAACCAUGAGGACUGGCUGGACCCCCUGGGGCUGAGGCAGUGCUUCUUGCAUACUGCUAUGGAUCUCAGUAGAAUCAAGAGCUUCAUUUUUCCCAGCUAGGUGUAU